CUAGAAAGACUCAACUUCCGGAAACGCAGGGCGUGUUUUUUUCCGUUCAUUUUUUGGUAGGACGUCUCUAGUUAAGGGUCCUUCUUAAUACAGACAUCCUUAUAACAGCUCUUAUAAUAGCUCUGUUUAUUCGGCUCCGCACGUACAGCAACGUGACAUAUUUAGGAACGCCAUUUUAACAUGUUCUGUAAAUGUGCUGCGCGAGUUUCAAGGGCGCUGCGGCCUGCGCAUCCCCGGUGUGGAGUAUUGACGCUGCCCGCUCGAAGCGACACUGUAUCGGCCAGCGGAACGUCCUGGUCACGUUGGACAUAUAAACGGGAAUCAAGUAACUCUGCUUGGAAUUCGAAGGUUCCUCAGGUACCCACAUGGGAGCCUGUAGCUGAAAAUCAACUUCCACCGCCAACAAGAGUUUCGCCAGAUUUAGUGGACAAAUUGGAGAGAUUAGCCCUUGUUGAUUUUGGCAAUAAAGAAGGGGUGGACUGUCUGGAGAAAGCCAUUCGUUUUGCUGAUCAACUUCAUGUCGUUAACACUGACGGUGUGGAGCCGAUGGAUUCAGUUCUGGAGGACAGAGAUCUGUUUUUGAGAGAUGAUACAAUAACAGAGGGUGAAUGUGCAGAGGAGCUGCUCCACCUGGCCAAACACACAGUAGAGGAGUAUUUUGUUGCACCGCCAGGAAACAUCCCACUACCUAAGAGAGAAGAGAGAUCUGCAAUGCUUAAACACUCUGAAUUUUGACUGAUAUGUAACAUUCGCUCUGGCUUGCAUUAUAAUAAAUAUUUAUUUUUA